AUAUAUACACAAUCACGUGGACGGGUAUUCUCGCAGAUCACAGACAGGUGCCAAGUAUACUCGGGAGAUGGAGACCGGAGCUACAAACCUGCCUCCGGGAAAGGGAACGAAGGCACUAGGACAGUUCGUAAAGUUCCUUUUGAUUCUGUGACUCAGGAGAGCCAUGGCACUUGAGGCGUCUUGAGAAGCGAGUGCCAACGGUAAGGGACGGUGAUUCACAAACAUCGCCACAGCGUUGUGUCCAGUCUUACAAAGUAGUGUCCUAAAGUACGGGCAGCCACGAAAACCAUCGUGCAGGAAACACUUCUCGUGACAUAGGGACACGCUCACGCCGUAAUGAUGUUGACAAAGCGGGAUGCAAACACAUAUAUUCGCAUGAGCCUGACCGUGUAAAACAACAUGACGGAAGGAAAUGCAUUGAGAGUGGUGGUUUCUACAACCCAAAGUUACAGAUGAGUUUUGGUCACUCACAUAUUUUUCCACUUUUCUACCAUCAUCACGUGUGGCUUUCUUAUAAACAGGAAAAAGUUCAGCUAAAAAUGGCAGCAGUGACGCAGCAGCCUGCUGGUUCACCCUCUGAAGGAGGCAAGGCUCGUCAUGAAAGGGAAUUCAAAAGCUCGUGGUGGCGAGAACGAGAUUAUGCGGAUUGUCAAAAGCCACGAAAGCCAGGGUGGGCUCUUAGGACAACAGAGAAGAGCACCACGGGGUUUUCCGACGGAACGUCCAGAGGCAUCGGCUACGAAAUGUUUAGACGAAGAAGCUGCGACCAGCCUCCAGCCUCUCGGUCCCUGAGGUCCUGAAGUCUGUCCGGAUGUCUGAUGGGACACGGGGAGCAGCCAGCCCAGCGCCGUGCUGAGUGUGUCUGACACACGAAACACGGCCCCUCGCCUCAGGAAGCCUGCUGGCUUGUCAGGACACGCACACAAGAUGUACACGCGCAGUAACUGAGGGGUACCACAGGGUUUGGCUUUACUUUUGCUUUAAUUUUCUUUCUUUCCUUCCUUCCAUCUUUCAUUCUUUCUCUCUCUCUCCCCCCUCUUCCUUUCUUCUUUCUUAACAAGAAGUUCCUUCUGUGUGUCAGGCACCGUUCAGGGGAUAAGAUGGACGGCCAAGUGGAUAAAGGGGGCAGGGAUCAGUAGGGUUUGGAGGCAGGGGGCAGGGCAAGACCUCAGGAGUUUCAGGGAGACUGAGAGAGAGGGCAGAUGGGGUUGGGGGCCGCCUGAGCACAGCCAGAGUGGAGAGCACCGGGAGCAGGCGCCCCCUACAGAGAAUUAACUGCCAGUACAAGUUCAAAGUUGCCCAGUGGCGCCGAGCCCCAAGCUCCAGGCGUUGGAGCUGAAUUCUGUGCCUAUAAAGACGGGGGAGAAGAAGGGGAACCAGGGGCGACCACCUUCCCCAUAUCUGUGCUCCUGGGCUUUCCAGGUCCGGUUUUAUUUUGUUUCACUCUCUACUGAAACCCUCCCAAAGGGCAGUUGAGAGAAAGGCAGGAAGUCAAAAACAAAGGCCGGUCGCCUGGGAGCCACAGCCAGAGUUGGCUGAUACGAUGUCCUCAGGCCGCCACGCCUUUUGAACCUGGCUCUGUCUCCAAGUCAAAAAUGCUUAAAAAUAGCGAUUUUUUUGAACCCAAGUGUAACAGGCCUGAAAUAGGGGCAAGAAGAGGGAACAUCCACGUAAGGCCACCCGCACUCCCAACCAACGGAGGCAAGUCAAAGCUCAUCUGCUACGGCACACGCGCACAAAUCGGGGUUCCAGCCCUGGAAAUCCAUCCCGCACCCUGAAACACCUAAACCCACUACAAACGUAGAUACAGGUUUUUACAAGUAUUUGUGAAAUACGAAAACCGUACAGAACACCUACUGCCGGGGAUGUUCCCGCACCGCGGGCUGGGCCAGCUAGAACUUCGGCUAUGCUACUCUCACAAGGCACGGACCAAAGACACCUUUCCAUACCUGCUAAGCCUUGCUGUUGCAAGGGGGGUAGCGGGAGGUCCCAGGGCCUCCGCGGGAUGGCCCUUCUCUGCCACCUCGGCGCUUCCCUGCCGAGCUCCCCUGAAGGAGAAGCCAGGGGCUGAGGCCCUUGGUGGACGGUGGCGACAGGAGUUCAAAACCUCACUGCAGGCACAGGUGUAUGUUUCUGUUCUGACGGGCACCGGCCUCCCCCCAAGGUGCUGUCCCGGCUCUCGGUCAAAGGAGUUGCUUGCUGACAAAUCUUUAUUCUCAUUGUCUGCACUGACUCAGGUCCUCUGAAGGGAGCCACCUGCUAUAGAGUGAAUCGCUGUGUCCUUCAAAUUUCGUACGUUGAAACCUAACCCUCCAAGGUGAUGACAGUAGGAGGUGAGGCCUUUGGGAGGUGAUGAGGUUGAGAGCAGAGCCCUCAUGAAUGAAAUCAGUGCCCUUGUGAAAGAGGUCCCAGAAAAAAAUAAAGAUGCCUCAGACAGCUCCCUUGUCCCUUCCACCAUGUGAGGACACUGGGGAAGGAUGUCCCUCCACGAACCAAGAAGGGGGCACACCAGACACCAAAUCAGCCAGUCCCUUGAUCUUGGACUUCUCCGCCCCCGCCCCCCGAGCUGGGGGAAAUAAAUGUCUGGUUUAUAAGCUGCCCAGUCUGUGGUAGUUGGUGCAGCGCCCUCUCCCUCAGCGGGGCCCAUCUCCUCUUCCCUCACACUUGUUCUCUUUCUCCCUCGGGGCACUUCCUGUUCUAGCAGAACCGAGAUGGGAUGUGGUGGGACGCACCUUCCUUCCAAACAGCGGAGGGAACGAGGGAGCGGCUGCUCCCUUCAGAAGCCGCCCCCCAGGGCUGGACACGUCCCCUGAGCCUCUCCCCGGGGCCACUGCUGGCUGGCUGCAGGAAACCACCUGGCGCCCCAGGCUGGGUGCACUGACAGGAUGGCCCUCCGUCCUUUGUCCCCAGCACCUUGUGUCUUGGAAGGCUAGUGGCACUUUGGCAUGCAAAUGGCUAUUUUGUUCGGUAGUGGAAACUUUACAAAUACAAAGGUAUCGCAGGCAGACUACUGUGGUAGAAGAGCAAUUUGGAGAAGUCCUUCUGAUUAAAAUCAUAGUGAAAAGACUGUUCAAAUACGAUGAGGACGGUGUACGCUAUUUUACGGGGACUACAAUUAAGUUUUCUGCGGAUCAAUUUGGCAAUAUGCAGUAAGAUCACUCAAAAGUAUUUCUACCUUUGGCUCCACUUUAGAUAUCUAGCUGAAGGAAAAAUCAGAUUCCAACCAAGAAUCAUACAAGCAUCUUCCUUAACUGUCACUUAUAAUAGUAAAAAAUGGAAACAAUCUGUCUAAUGGCGGGACGGAUAAAUCUACGACACGAACUAUCACACAGCCAUUAAACAUGUUUUUGCAGGCUAUGUAACAGCUUUGAAAAAUGUGCAUAAUAUUCAGCGAGAAAAUCAUUGUGGUCAACAGUGUGACUAUUUAAAAACACAUCAGCGCAUAGGAAAAAAAUAUUGGAAAAAAAAUCGGAGACACUAAAAAGGUAGCGAGUGCUACUAUGUGAUUUCAUGAGCAGGUGGCCUCUUGCCUUCACCAAGUAAUGACUCCCAGAGCAGGGCAGGUGCCCCGGAAGGCGGCCUGCAAAAGGGCAGGAGACGAUGACCCUCCCAAGGCCAAGGCGGGGCAAGCAGCUGCUGUUCCUGGGCAUCAUGACAGUCACGGUGGCGGUCAUCUUCCUGCUGUUCUACGCUCUCCUCUGGAAGGCCGGCAACCUCGUGGACUCGCCCAACCUCAGAAUCGGCUUCUACAACUUCUGCCUGUGGAACGAGGGCACCAGCUCCCUCCAGUGCCUCCAGUUCCCUGAGCUGGAGGCCCUGGGGGUGCCGCGGGUCGGCCUGGCCCUGGCCAGGCUCGGUGUGUACGGGGCCCUGGUCUUCACUCUCUUCGUCCCCCUGCCCCUCUUCCUGGCCUGGUGCAACAGUAACGAGGCAGAGUGGCGGCUGGCGGGGGGCUUCCUGGCGACGUCCUCCAUGCUGCUGGCCAGCGGCCUGGGCCUCUUCCUCACCUACACGUGGAAGUGGAUCCGGCUCUCCCUCCUGGAGCCUGGGUUUCUGGCUCUGGGCACCGCCCAGGCCUUACUCCUCCUCUUGCUUAUGGCCAUGUGUGUGUUCCCUCAGAGAGCAGAGGACAAGGUCAAGCUUGACAGCUGCUAGUUCUGUCGAGAGGCUCACGAUGGCAAGAGUUCAGUUUGAACUAUGCUCAGAGAAGGUGCCGGAAAACUCAUGGGCUGGCAUGUCUUCUCAGCCUGUUUCAUAGCAAAUGCCGGCCUCAAGCUCUGGCAGACGGGACCCACCGCGGAGGAGGUGGGGGUACCCAGUGCCGAGAAGGCCAAGGGCGCAGCAGUGGCAGCCGCGGUACCUGCGGC